AUGACAGAAGCCUUGUUUCGGGGCAUAUGCGAUGUCUCGAGAAUCGCCGCCAUCGCGCCACGGGCGACACGAGUGGUCCAACGCCAUCCACCCUGCCUCGACCGAAGCUUCAAAUACCAUGUUCCCAGACGGAUAUCGACCACCAAUGCUCCCGACAACACCUUGGGCCGCCUAGGGCAGUCUGUGUGGCCUUACUCGCGGCCGCGGGCUUCUCAGGAGCAGAGCUGCCACCCGCGGGUCUCCCAACCACAAUCGAGAUUGACGCCCCCUCGGCCGAAUUUUCUUCCUGCGCGAAAUACAUACACCUGCAAUCCUGGGACGUUAGGGCUUCGGAGGCACCAUGGAGAGCUUGAAAGUCGUCUACGAGGCCGGUCUGGUUCUAUACAACAUCGAGAUCUCCAUACCACUCGAGUUCUCCGAGAUAAAUCAGACAAGGAAAGAGAUGGACACUACAGACACGACGGUGCAGAGAAUGCAUCGAAACCGGCAGCGGCAGACACGGCUUCUAAAGCUGGUCCAGGGCACCACCAAGCACAUCCAGGCAGCUUCUACGAUAGACUACACAUGCCGCAAUUCCACCGCCCAACAAAGCAAGAACUUCUGGCAGCAGCGACGGGUUUCUGGUCCAGACUCAAGGUGCACUUUAAAUGGUUCACCAUCAAGAGCAGCCGGCCGUUCAACAUGGACGAGAUUGUCGGCUUUAUCUCUUGGAUCGCUUUGGGUCACGUCAUCUGGUUCGUCAUUGGUACAACCACCUUCGUCUCGCUGGCCAUUCUUGCCAUCAAUACCGUCUUCGCGCAGGAGACCCUAGCCGGCUGGAUUGGGAACUACUUGACCAAAUCCUCGGGCCUGCACGUCGUCUUCGAGUCCGCCAUAGUACCCAAAUGGGGCGACGGCGUCAUUACGUUCAAGAACGUCUUUGUCUCCCGCCGACCAGGUCGCACCAAGUCAAACGUGUCCAAGGGUUCGCCAGAAGCAGCGGCCCAGGCAUCAUCGACCGAAGACCCCGUUCCCCCAGAGGAACAGAAUUACACCCAAUUUGACAUCACCAUUGGGGAGAUCAAUGUGACCUUGUCUUUCAACAAAUGGUGGAACUCGAAAGGUCCCUUGCAGAACGUCGAGGUCAAGCAUGUGCGAGGUGUCGUCGACAGGACCCAUGUCUUUGCGACGGGUGAGCAGGUCGAUCCGAAGUCCUACCGACAUGAACACAACCCCGGAGACUUUGAAAUUGAGUCCUUCAAGAUUGAGGAUCUCCUUUUGACUGUACUUCAACCUGAGGGUUUCAGGCCCUUCCCCAUCAGCAUCUACACCGCAGACUUGCCUCGGUUGCGGAAACAGUGGCUCUUCUACGACUUCCUCUCUGCCAACAGCAUUACCGGAGAGUUCGACAAGUCUCUCUUCACCAUCCAUCCUCGCCAGACGCAUUCCUAUACUGGCGUUCAACUCAACGACCCGGAAAACCCCUCCAAUGAGCCUUGGAAGAAGCAGUCUCGCAUUCGCAUAGAUGGGAUCAACAUCGAUCACAUCAAUCGCGGCGCAGCUGGACCUUUGUCCUGGAUCCACGAAGGCAAUGUCGAUAUUGUGGCCGACAUUAUGAUCCCCAACGAUGGCGACGACUCGGUCAUCAAAGUCAUGACUGACUUCUACGAGCGCAUGGAAGCCACGCUUACUUCUAAGAAACAUCUCGAGCAACAGCAUCUGGAUGAAUAUGUCUCCGGAGAUGAACCCGUUGCCGUGGGUGGGGUCGUCGUACCUUCGCCAGGUGCUCAAGCAGUGAGGGACGAGGACAAGCGCUUUCUCGUCAUGGAUCUGCGAAUCCACCUGAAUGACGUUCGAGCUGUGGUGCCACUAUUCACGCGUGACCUCUCAUACAUCAACAACGCACUAAUCCGGCCCAUUGUGGCCUAUAUCAACUCGCGGCGCACGUUCAUUCCUAUCAACUGCAGGGUCGUCAAGAGACUUUCGGAUUUCGACGGCAGUUGGACGGUCUUCGACUCCGGCUUGAUGGACGACUUGUCGGCCGAGGUGUACGAUGCCUUUGCGAGGGAUGUCACGGACGAGCAGGCCCGGUUGAGACGGUUCAAAAAGGUCGGACUCUGGAGUUUGCAGCUAGCCGUACAAGCGAUCUUCCUGGGCAUGGCGGGGAACAUUGCUUAA